AUGAGCAACCCUCAGCCUUUGGAGGAGGAGGUAUACGACAUGUCAGGUGCCCGCUUAGCCCUGACACUGUGCGUCACCAAAGCCCGGGAAGGUUCAGAGGCAGACCUGGAUGCCCUAGAACGCAUGUUCCAGCAGCUGGGAUUUGAAAGUACUGUGAAGAGAAACCCCACCGCCCAGCAAUUCCAGGAAGAGAUGGAAAAUUUUCAGCAGGCCAUGGACGCCCGGGAUGACUUCAUCAGCUGUGCUUUUGUGGUGCUCAUGGCACAUGGGCUGGAAGGUCUCCUCAAAGGGGAGGAUGGAAAGAUGGUUGAGCUGGAAAACCUUUUCGAGGUUCUGAACAACAAGAAUUGCCGGGCCUUGAGAGCCAAGCCUAAGGUGUACAUCGUGCAGGCCUGUCGAGGAGAUCACAGGGACCCCGGUGAAACAGUAAGUGGAGAUGAUAUUAUGAUGAUCACCAAGGACAAUCCCCAAACCAUCCCAACGUACACAGACAUCCUCCACAUCUAUUCCACCGUGGAGGGGUACAUCGCAUACAGACAUGACAAAGAGGGCUCCUGCUUCAUCCAGACUCUGGUUGACGUGUUCACAGAGAAUAAGGGACCUAUCCUGGAGCUACUGACAGAGGUGACCCGGCGGAUGGCAGAAGCAGAGCUGAUUCAGGAAGGAAAACCAAGAAAAGUGAACCCUGAAAUCCAAAGCACCCUUCGGAAACGGCUCUAUCUGCAAUAG